GAAACAAGUUAGCUAUUUAUUAUGACCCAAUCAGUUAGCAUUGAGCAUGAUAAACACUCCAACCAGAUCGAAAAGCGGAAAUUGGACUUUCUGAAUAAAUUAUCAGGUGCUUAUAAUGUGCUCCCUUACUUUGCCCCGAUUGAUUGAUGAGACAAAUUAAUGAGGAGAUUUUCCACAAAAUCUAGAGAGAUAUGGGUCACUAUGUUAAAGAGAUGGGUAGAUUUGCUUGAUGAUACUCUUAUAGAGCUGACUAUUACCCUUGAAAAUAUUAAAAAAUGGGAAGAUUGAAGGUUUUUGCAAAACUACAGCUUCAAGUUUAUCUUUCCUGCUGUGAAGAUAAAGGACCAACCCUGUUACAGAAGGAUUCAAAGAUUUAUCAAUCAGAUACCACACAAGAAGCAGGUGAAGAGCUUUGAGAUCUUGAGACCAAAAAGAAAAGUUUCAAGAAGAAAUAUUGGUUAUUUCAGAAAUCAACUUAUCACAAAGCUGGCUAAGAUUUCAGAAUCUUUGGGCUACAAGUACUCAGGAGAAACAGUCCCACUAGAAACUGGAAUGAUUUACCUUUGAUAUUUUGGAGAGAUCUUUCAUGUCGAAGGCAACCAGGACGAAAUGGUUUGAGAUAAUCUUUAUAUAGUUUCAGUCCCAAAUUAUCUCAAAUCAACUAUUUGAAUAAACUCUGAGUUCCUGAUUAACAGUAAAAGCAUUAAAGUAAUGAGCUACAAUGAAAAGGCAUUGGGUGAAGGACUAUCUAAAGAAACUGAUAAAAACUACAUUUCAGUUCAAGAAAUAAUCUACUCAGCGAUUAUUCUAACUAAAGCAUCUUUGAAAGAGACUAUUAGUAGUUUUUACCCAAACUUGAAGAGCAUCUACAUUGAUAGAAGACUAGCAGACCCUCAUAAUGAAAACUGAGAAUUCCUUGAACCUUUUGGAAAUCCAAAUGCAAAAAUAUUCAUUGAAAAGGGAUAUUUGCAUAAUGGAUACCAAAUGAAAAUAGCAUCUAAAAAGGCUCUGAUUUACAAUUAUUUAAGCUUUAACUGAAACUCAUAUAAGCCAAUUCAAGAUUGUGAGCUCCUUGUUGGAUCAUUAAUCAUAUAUAACAAUGGAAUAUGAUGAAUAUGCUUCAAAGUCCUUGAGUUUAAAAAUUGAUCUACAUGAGCUCAAACAGAUGAAGAAUAUAGCAGAACAUAUAAAAAUAGUCCAAUGGCAUUACUCUAUCAGUGGUGAAUGAUCCCAAUUUCAUCUAUUACUAAAAUUGAAACAAACUAUACUUCAUUUAUGGUGAUUGAAAACCAGAAGCCAAUGAUACCAAAAUUUUUGGAGCAUCGACGGCGAAUUCCGAGAAUUCACUACAAAAACACUUGGAAACCAUAUUCUGAGGAGCACAACAAACUAGCACAGAGGUUAGGCAAGGAGUGAGAGUUUACCUUCCGACAUGAUGGAAGACAUGAAUGCCCGCCCGACAUCGCCAUCGAAUGUAUCCAGAACUGUUUGAAUGCAUUCUUAUGGAAGGAAUCCAAUACUUCUAUAGAUAUUCCAUGCUUCUUCAAGGGAUUAGAUGUUAUUGGUGUAUUCGAAUUGACUCGAAUUUGAAAAUUUAGAAGAGUAAAUAUUGUGCUUGGAUGAUACCCUCCUGAGAAUAGAUACAAGCUUGAAACUAUCUGAAAGACAAUCAAAGAUAUUACCAGGCUACAGAACAUGGGGAAUGUAUAUUUACAGCAUUUUAAAGACAGGAAAGAAUUUAGCAAUGAUUCUGAAGCCCUGAAGAAGUACAGGAGUCAAUUAAACUAUGUGUUUGAGUUUCUUGAUCUCCCGAUGAGUAUCCAAAUAAUCAAAAAAUAUUAAGCAAGGGCUUAUUUUUAGGGAAUGCAUACUUAACAUUUAAUUUU